CUAGGGAGGGAGUAAAGUAUGUAUGUAAAUAUUUAAUUUCUUUAUAUAACGAAGAAUCUCUCUCUCUCUUUCUUAUGUAUAGCAACCAUUCAGAGUGAUUUUUCUUGAAGAGAUCCACCGAAAACACAAUGGACCAGAAACACGACAUUGUUGACUCAGCGUCUAUCACGAAAACAGAGUCUGUCGAAAAUAUCGAGGAUGCCGAAGAUAUGAUGAUGAACAUUACCAAGAGACUUGCUGCAGAUUUCAAAGUAUUAAAGCAUCUUAUAGAACGUCCACUUUUAAAACGUCAGACUACUCCUUCAUUUAUAUAUGAACAUCAAAUAGAAGCAAUCAAGAGUUUAGACAUACAUCUAGACCAACAUUUUAAUGAAAUAACCGAUUCGAAAGAUUCAAAAUUAGACGACGUUGUAGUUCUUGCUGCAUCUUUUGUCCUUAUGUGCCAAGUGAAGUUUUUACGAAAUUCUAUAUUGCAACAAGAAGAUUUACAUGUUGCCGAAUUCUUACUUAUGCGAAGUAUAAUAUUAUUAAAGGAUAAAGAACUGAAUAGCAAAUCUAUUCUUACGUCAAUACAGGCAUAUCAUGAAUUGGGCUUUAUUUAUAGCAAACUGAAAGACAUAAAGAAAUCUUUACGAUAUUUAAAUAAAACGUUCGAAUUAUAUUUGGCGUAUACAAAAGGACAAGAUGAAUUUCCUGCUCCUAUCAGUAUUGAAACUAUUCUUAAUAUCCAAGUUAAAUCAGAUGCUGUAUGUGUAUUGGACAACGUAUGUAUGGCUAGUUUGAGUAUCUUACUAAGAUUAAAUAAUUACGAGCAUGGAUCGAUAGAUAUGGAGAAAGUGGUAAUAUACAUGCACAAGUUACUAAAGAAGGUAUUAAUUAUAUUUAAACCGUUUUCUAUAAAUUAUACUGAGUGGACUUUUGAAGCAAUACAAUUAGCCGAAUACUUUUUAUCCUGCCGUCGUUUCAUCGAAUGUAAAAAUCAUCUUUGCGCCGCGUCUAUUAUGAUGAUAAAAUGUUACGAAGAGAUGUAUAUGGCAUUCAAUGAAGAGAUGUGCGAGAAAGAUAAGGAUAUUGUACAUAGGCGGUUUAAAAUCAUUGUUUCUAUUAUUGAUAUGAUUUGGGUGAAAUAUGGGCUUGUCAUUUUAUCUUUAUCAAGGAAACGAUUACUGCAAAAGGAAGAAGAGAACAAUCUUUGCGAAAUAAAUAAAUCUAAAACAGAAUCCAUAACACAACCUAACAAAAAAUUCACAGAAUUGUUAAUGUUUACAGCCACAGAGGAAAAGUUUAGAAAGUUUACUUAUACAAUGCCAGAUGAUUAUAUUACAAAUUACGCCGAUGCUAAAAUGCUUUUUGUACAAAUUCUCCAACUGCUCAAUAACCUAAAGGUGAAGGAAUUUGCUUCAGUAUCUCUAGAAUUUGGUACACAAAUUGCGCACUAUACUUCCAAAGCAUACAAAUAUCUAGCGUUUUACGAAAAUGAUAAAAUCAAACAGAUAAAACUACAAAAACGGCGAAUAGAUGUUUUAGAAGAUUAUUUAAAGACAACAUGUACAAAUGAUAAUUUCAUUAAUUGUACUUUUUUAUGGUUUGAAUUAGCAGUUGUUUAUUCUACGCUGAUAAAUAUAAAGCUAAAAAAUUUAGAGUUAAGUGAACUAACUGCGGAGGACUCAGUAGAAAUUAAUUCAUUAGUUAAAAAUAGUGUACACUACUUCCAGUUAUAUGUAAAUAUUUGUGAACAUACAAAUCCUCAGGGUAACAAAGAUAAUCAAAUUAUGUCCUGUUUUAACUUAACAUAUAACAAAACAACAAUGUAUGCAGAUUUGUAUGAGAAAUAUUUGCAGGAUAUGGGUUAGAAAGAUUAAUAAGAUUGUAAUCCACUCUACAGAUUAAUAUGUAUAAUAUAAAAGUGAAAAAAUAGAAACACAUGAAAUUUCAAAUCUAUGAAAUAAUUUUUAAAAUAAGGCAAUGUUUACGUAAAAAGAUUGUUUUAUAUCUCAUGUAAUUAAUAUUACCACAAUUUUGUUAUAACAAAAUAUAUAAUGUUGUUUUAUUUUUUUU